CUAAAAAAAUGUCACCUUCCCUGUACAUUAUUGUAUGGUAUCCAAAUCCAAGUCUACCCCAAGUGAGUGAGAGAAAAGCAUUGUAGUCGUCAACAGCACCACCCCUGAAACAAAAGCAGGUUACUACACCAUGAUAAAAAUGAAGAGAUUUACUGAUCCAUAUCAAUCCAAUGGACUCUAGACAUCAAUGGGCCAGCCCACCUAUUUGGGCCUCACUGGGGCUGGCCGGCUUUAUUGAAUCAAACCGAAACGUCAACCAAACCAAUUCCUCCACUCGUACCACUGAGCUCGACCUCACCUGAUUCUUGCCCGCCCUUUCAGACGACAGAACAGUUCAGUGCUCAGUAGUAGUCUAGCAGACUAGUAGUAGUAGCCAGCCCAGCAAGAAGCAAAGCAGCUGAAAAAAGCUCGCAGAAAUCAGAUUCCUUUCUUACCGGUUCAGUUUCAACUUUCAAGCUUCCAAUCCACCAGGGCUUUUCGAAUUCAAUUCAUUUCCAUCGAAAGUUCAAGUCUUUUCAGUUUUAACCCUCCACCGAUUCAAUCGGAACGAAGAAGAAGAAGAAGAAUGAGGCAGAAAAGCGACCAGCUUCGGUCGUCCAAGCUAAUCACUUACCUUCUCCUGAUUGUCAUCCUGUUUCUCGGCCUACUCUGUUUAUACUACGGCUCUUCCUUCGCGCCCGGAUCGGACCCAGAAUCCCUCCGCCGCGACGGCUCUGACCCGGUCCUCGGUUCACUGCCCGGUCCCCAGCACUUCGACGAUGACUCCCUCCAGAAUCUGGAACUACCCAGAACCAUUCCGAUCUGUGAUAUGAAGUUCUCCGAGCUGAUACCUUGCUUGGAUAGAGAGCUAAUUUACCAGCUGAGGUUGAAGCUGAACUUGUCGUUGAUGGAGCACUACGAGCGGCACUGUCCGCCGCCGCAGCGGCGGCUCAAUUGUCUGAUUCCGCCGCCGGCUGGUUAUAAGAUUCCGAUAAGGUGGCCGGAGAGUAGAGAUGAAGUGUGGAAAGCUAAUAUCCCACAUACCCACUUGGCGAGCGAAAAGUCUGAUCAGAAUUGGAUGGUUGUUAAGGGGGAUAAGAUCAAUUUCCCUGGUGGAGGAACCCAUUUCCAUUAUGGUGCUGACAAGUACAUUGUCUCUCUCGCUAGGAUGCUUAAGUUUCCAAACGACAAGCUUCACAAUGGUGGGAACCUUAGGAAUGUCCUCGACGUGGGCUGUGGAGUGGCAAGCUUCGGUGCCUAUCUUCUUCAGCACAGCACCAUAGCCAUGUCUCUGGCACCAAAUGAUGUUCACGAGAACCAGAUACAGUUUGCAUUGGAGAGAGGGAUUCCAUCAACCCUUGGUGUCUUGGGGACCAAGAGGCUUCCGCAUCCGAGCAGAUCGUUCGAGUUGGCUCAUUGUUCAAGGUGCAGGAUUGAUUGGCUGCAGAGAGAUGGAAUCCUGCUGUUGGAGCUCGAUAGGGUGCUGAGACCAGGAGGCUAUUUCGUUUACUCGUCCCCUGAGGCGUAUGCUAAGGAUCCGGAGAACCAAAGGAUAGGGAAUGCUAUGCAUGAUCUUCUGAAAAGAAUGUGCUGGAGGGUUGCUUCCAAGAAAGACCAAACGGUGAUCUGGCAGAAACCAACCAGCAAUGGUUGUUACUUGAAGAGAGAGCCUGGGACUCAGCCGCCUUUGUGUAGCGCUGAGGAUGAUGCAGAUGGUGUGUGGAAUGUUCAGAUGAAGGCCUGUAUUUCUCAAUACUCUGCACAGAUGCACAGGGAGAAAGGGACUGGACUUGUACCAUGGCCGCAGAGGCUAAUCACACCGCCUCCUCGUUUGGAAGACAUUGGUGUUAGUCCCGAAGAGUUCCAUGAAGACACUCGUAUAUGGAAAUUUAGGGUGAAUGAGUACUGGAAGCAGAUGAAAUCCGUUGUGAGGAAGAGCUACUUCAGGAAUGUCAUGGAUAUGAAUGCAAAUCUCGGAGGUUUUGCUGCUGCCCUUAAAGAUACAGAUGUCUGGGUGAUGAAUGUUGCUCCAGUCACCAUCUCAGCCCGGCUUAAGAUCAUCUAUGAUCGUGGCUUGAUUGGAACGGUUCAUGACUGGUGUGAAUCAUUCUCAACAUAUCCGAGAACAUACGAUCUCCUCCAUGCCUGGGCAGUAUUCUCGGAGCUGGAGGAGCGAGGCUGCAGUACUGAAGACCUGCUCGUUGAAAUGGAUAGGAUCCUGAGGCCCGAAGCAUUCGUCAUCAUACGAGACAAACCAUCGAUCAUUAGCUAUAUCCAGAAGUCAUUACCGGCAUUGAAGUGGGAUCGGUGGGUGUCGGAAGUUGAACCGAGCACUGAUGCUCUCUCGGUGAGUGAAGAGCGAGUCCUGAUUGCCAGGAAGAAGCUAUGGAGCAAUUAGUAGAAUGUACCUACAAUGUGAAUACGGUAUAAUGUAAUUACCAUCAUCUCUGCAUUUCUUUCGUUUCUCUCUUCCUUCCAUUCUUGCUGCAGCACUUCUUCAACAGCCAUGCUUCCCCUUGUGUCCAUAUGACAGGUUUUGUGGAGCUGUUUAUUAAAAGGGAACUGCAAAUUUUACACUACCAAAGAACAUAAUUCUUUCCACAGAAGUUUGCUUAGAUUUUUUGGCCCGAGCGAAUGUGCUCCAAUUCCAUACACAGGAGACGUGGAAGGGAACUAGAUUGUUAAGUUUCCAUGAGAGAAGCAUGAUUACGGUUAAUGAUUCGUUUCUUAUGUAUAUGUAUCUGAACUGAGAUCCAGUGCUGUAACUUUUAGCUGGCCAAACUUAAUGAAAGGUUUUUACCUUU